UCUGAAGUAAUGCAUUUCGCGUCAUUUUCUUCUGAUGGUUGUUUCUGAACAUUUUAUCACGAGUAUAUAUAUAUAAAAAGAGCCCUGAGCAAUAUUACAACAAGCAACCAAUGGCACCGUUGGACGUUUGGAUCAAGUAAACGGUCUCGUGUUCUCUUUCCUUUCAUUUGCACCAUUGACUCACUGACAAAAAGCAAAACUGGUAACCAUUACUCAUCCCAUUUACAUUAUGACCAUCGCAACUGCUAAUGUUGCCUGUGCAACCGAUGUCCCUCAUUCGUUUCAUUCAUCCACACCGGACACUCAGGACAACAAAGACACUUUCCUGAGCAAGGAAGACAACAACAACGAAGAAAAAAGACAACUGAACGAAGAACGAAUUGCAAAACUAAAUAAUGCUGCUACCCUCAUUCAAUCAGUCUACCGUGGAUACCAAGUUCGCAGAGAUCUUUAUGCUCCACCAUUGACAGUAUCCAAGAAAUGGAGACAUCUCAUUGAUUAUAGCCGUAUUGAGUAUAUUCACAAAUCAGAUGCACAAGGUAAUUAUUAGCUCUUGGGUGAGAGGCAUCAACAGGCCUUAUUUGACUUUCUG